AUGGAGAGGGAAAUAGAAUGGGAAGAAAUUAAUAAGAUUAUGAGCAAUUUAAGGUUAAACAAGGCUAUGGGGUUAGAUGAUAUACCAAAUGAAGUAUGGAGAUACGGAGGAGAAGAUACAAGAAAAUGGGUAUGGGAAACGUGUAAUAAGAUAUACACGUCGAUUUUGGCAGAAAGGCUAAGAGAGGAAGUAGAAGAGAAAGGUAUAAUACCAGAGAAUCAGACAGGAUUUAGAAAGGGAAGAGGGGUGAUGGACAAUAUAUAUGUACUGAAUUAUUUGGCGCAAAGACAGAUUAGCAGGGAGAAAAAGAAAUUAAUAAGCGUGUUUAUAGAUUUGAAAACGGCUUUUGACUCGGUAGACAGGGAGGUGCUGGUAAGAGCUUUACGGGAAAGAGGGGUUAGAGAGGGACUGAUAGAAAGGAUAGAAGAGGUGAUAGGAGAGACAAAGAGUAGAGUGAGGAUAGGAGAAGAGAUAAGUGAAGAAUUCUAG